AUGAUCGAUUCCAUGACAAAGCAUUCCUGUGGCAUUACUGGAGGCAUAGAAAUUUGUAUCACAUAUCCCACUGAAUAUGUCAAAACGCAGCUGCAAUUGGAUGGAAAAGCUGGUGCUGGCAAAGAAUACACGGGAAUAGCUGAUUGCGUUACCAAGACCAUCAAGACUCGCGGUUUUUUCGGCUUAUACAGAGGCUUGUCUGUUCUGCUUUACGGGUCUAUACCAAAAUCAGCGGUGCGGUUUGGUGCUUUCGAGACAGUGAAGAAGCAACUGGUGGAUACGGAUGGAAAGCUCAAUCCGCAAAGAAGGCUCCUCGCGGGUCUUUGUGCCGGUGUAUGUGAAGCUAUUUUUGCGGUUACCCCGAUGGAAACAAUUAAAGUGAAAUUCAUCAACGAUCAACGAUCAGCGAAUCCAAGAUUCCGAGGUUUUUUCCAUGGAGUGCGCAUGAUUGUGAAGGAACAUGGUUUCAAAGGAGUAUACCAGGGAGUAGUACCCACAAUCUUGAAGCAAGGAUCCAAUCAAGCCAUUCGCUUCUUCGUGAUGGAAACGUUAAAAGACUGGUACAAAGGAGAUGAUAAUAGUAAAAGUGUUCCUAAAGUAGUCGUCGGUGCAUUUGGAGCAGUUGCUGGCGCAGCAUCAGUUUUUGGAAACACACCUAUUGAUGUCAUCAAAACUAGGAUGCAGGGAUUGGAAGCUUCGAAGUACAAAAAUAGUAUGGACUGUGUGAUUCAAGUAUGGAAGAAGGAGGGUCCAAUGGCAUUUUACAAAGGAACCAUUCCACGAUUGGGCCGAGUAUGUUUAGACGUCGCUAUAACAUUCAUGAUAUAUGAUUCUUUCAUGGAACUUUUCAACAAAGUAUGGCCUUAGGUCUGUUGCAUUUUGUAUAUACGUAUAUGACAACAUUCUAUCCUUUUAC